AUGUCGCACUCCGUCAUCUCCCCCGCCAUCCUCUACUGGGGCACCCCCGUCGUCCUCGUCUCCUCCGAAAACGAAGACGGCUCCGACAACCUCUGCGCCAUCUCCUCCGCCUUCUGGCUCGGCCACCGCUGCAUCCUCGGCUUCGCCGCCGAGAGCAAGACGCCGCAAAACAUCCUCCGCACCGGCCAGUGCGUUGUCAACCUCCCCGACGACACCAUGGCCCGCCACGUCAACCUCCUCGCCGACACGACCGGCACCGAAGUCGUCUCCGCGUCAAAGCUGGACCGAGGCUACUCCUACGUUAAGGACAAAUGGUCGCGUGCGGAGCUCACGCCGCAAAAGUCGCAUCUCGUGCGUCCGAGACGGAUCCUGGAGUGUCCCGUGCAGAUGGAGUGCGAGCUGGCCGAGGCUCACCAGACGAUGAAGGACUUUCCUGAUCUCAAGGGCGUGGUUUUGGCAGUUGAGCUCAAGGUCUUGAGGACUCAUGUUGUGGAUUCGAUUCGCAUGCCGGGACAUGCCAACCGCAUCGACCCCGACAAGUGGAGGCCCAUGAUUAUGUCUUUCCAGGAGUUUUAUGGUCUGAACGGCGGGAAGCUGGCGAAGAGCACUUUGGGCAAGGUUGAGGAGGAAAAGUAUCGUGGGCUUACGAGGAGUGGUGUUGUCAGGCUGCCUGGUGACGAGGAUAAGGAGAUGGUCGAAGAGGCUUAUGCGCAGGCCAAGGACGGCUUGGACAGUUAG